UUCCUUCAUCCCGUCCCUUCAGCUCCCUCAAAACCCUCACUCUCCCCUCGCCCUGUCACCUCAGGCCAAGCACACCACCCAUCCAAAGCCAGAGCUCAAGGCCGUGGUGUUCUUCGGGCCCACAGAUCCCAGUCCGGACCACACAUCCGACCCUCCUCGGGAAGAGGGCGAGAUCCCCGCCGCUCGGUUUUGUUUCAAUGCCCUGGGAACCCUGUCUACAAAAAUGACAGCUCGAGCCCUCUGGCUUCUCUGUUUGAUCAUCGGAUGGUCCCCCGAAGCCCCGGUGGCGGAAAGAAAAGCGCCGCCGCCGCACCGAAAGCCAGGCGCCCGGGAGACGCCGGGGCCGCGCGCGCAGCCGCUGCCCGAGUUCGCGCGCCGGUCGCGAGCCGCGGACACUGGGCCGCGCGCCUGGCCCGACCCCCGGCGCCGGAAGCCCGCGCCGCCCGCUGACAACCGCGCCGGCUUCCGGGACGCGGCGCGCGCGCCCGCAGGGCUCCCUGGCCCGCGCCUCGUUCAGGCGGAGAACCGCGCGUCCCCACCCGAGGACGCCCCGCGGCGCGCGCGCUCUCGGGCCCAGCGGCCCCAGGCCUCGCGCGCCGCCGGCCACGCCCACCCGAACCGGCCGCGCGCCGCCGCGCAGCCCUCCGGGACCCCGCAGGCGCUGCCGCCCGGGGACGCCGAGCUGGAGACCCAGUCCUGCGCGCGCGCCUGCAGCGCGGACGCGGACGAGCACGAGGCCUUCUGCACCAGCGAGUUUGCCGUGAAUGGAAUCGUGCACGACGUGGACGUGCUGGGCGCGGGCCUGCGGCUGGUGACUCUACUGGUGGACCCCGACGGGCUGUACAAGUUGAGCCGCCUCUACAUCACUCCCGACGGCUUUUUCUUCCGCGUGCACAUACUAGCCCUGGACUCUUCCAGUUGCCAUAAGCCGUGUCCAGAAUUUAAGCCUGGAAGCCGGUAUAUUGUGAUGGGCCACAUCUACCAUAAGAGACGGCAGCUCCCUACUGCUCUGCUCCAGGUCCUGAGAGGACGCCUGCGUCCAGGAGACGGACUGCUCAGGGGUAGCAGCAGCUAUGUGAAAAGAUUUAACCGAAAGAGGGAGUGGCAAGUUCGAGAUGCCAGCCACACUCGGUGCAUUUGAACAGAUCAACUUGACAUCUGUGCCACCCCAAGAGCCUUGGAACUCGGCAGUAAGACGGAAGGUCGGUCUGCACAUAGUGGGGGUUCUGCUACUUGAAACUGGGCCCACGGCUAGCUACCUUAAAAACUACAUGUGCAGCUUAGCUCUGAAGCUGUCACUUUAUUGACAGAAUGCUGACAAGGUAUGCUCCCCAGCACAGUGGUAAAGUUACAGCAGUGACAGACAGUGACACACACAGCUCAGACCUGACUUGACCUGCCAGGUCAACAGAUCACACCACUUCGUGUUGUUUUUAAGUUAUUUUAAUUUAAUACAUUUUUCCCAGUAGAAAUAGUUCACAAACAUUUCUUCAAUUUAAAUAUACAGCUUUGAAUAGUAUCUAUCAUGUGUCAAGCCAGAUUUCAUAUUUAAAGCACCGAGUUUUGAAUUCCACAUGAGAGUAAACAUCCCCAUCAGAACUCAUUUACAUAGGAAGUGUCAGAGCCCAGGCUAAGUAUGAAAAUUAUACAUCUCAAGGGCCAAUUCAAGCAAAACAUCAUUCAAAGUGUGUUCUUGAUGUACCCCUGUGUACUGUCAUGCCUCCUUGCUCCCAAUAGUCUGUUUUGUGUCAAACAGCAUGUUUUCUGGUGUAUCUGAUGUCAUUUUUCUGUUAAGACCCAGUAUCACCAUUGUGUUUGUAAAGCAGUAAAUCUCACCUUGAAAUGA